AAACCGACGACAGUGACCGAUGUUUGUUUUGCGACAGUUAGCUGCAGCAGAAUGCCUGCUGAACGCAAGCGCUCAGUAAACAUGGACGAAAAAGAAGUUGGCUCCUUCAGCAACAAGGAGAAAGACAAGGACAGAGACGGCGAGAGAAGAGUGGCGUCCGCCCGGGACAAAAGCAAAGACGAGGCCAAGAUGAGCAAAAAAGAUGGCAGCAGCAGUAAGGAGGAAAAGAGGAAGAGACUGGAGGAGGAGAAGAAGAAGAAAGAGGAGAAAGAGCGCAGGAAGAAGGAGGAGGAAAAACAGAAAGCCGAGGAGGAGCAGAAGAAGAAGGAGGAGGAGGAGAAGAGGCUGCAGGAGGAGCAGGAGAGGAAACUUCAAGAGGAUGAGGCCAAAAGGCAACGUGAGGAGGAGGCGGCUCUUCUCAAGGAGAAGGAGGAGGGGCAUCAGCUGCACCAGGAAGCCUGGGAGCGUCAUCACGGCAGGAAGGAGCUCCGCAGCAAGAACCAGAACGCCCACGAGGCCCGGCCCGAGGAGGCCUUCUUCAGCCGCCUGGACUCCAGCCUGAAGAAGAACACCGCCUUUGUCAAGAAGCUGCGGACGCUCACCGAGCAGCAGCGCGACUCGCUCUCCAACGACUUCUCCUCGCUCAACCUCAGCAAGUACAUCGGCGAGGCCGUCAGCUCCGUGGUGGAGGCCAAGCUGAAGAUCUCCGACGUGGGCUGCGCCGUCCACCUGUGCUCGCUCUUCCACCAGCGCUACGCCGAGUUCGCCCCGCUGCUGUUGCAGGCCUGGAAGAAGCACUUUGAGGCCAGGAAGGAGGAGAAAGCGCCCAACGUGAGCAAACUGCGCACGGACCUGCGCUUCAUCGCGGAGCUCACUAUCGUCGGCCUCUUCACGGACAAAGAGGGUCUGUCGCUCAUUUACGAGCAGCUGAAGAACAUCAUCAACACGGACCGCGAGACGCACACGCACGUGUCGGUGGUGAUCAGCUUCUGCAAACACUGUGGGGAUGACAUUGCCGGGCUGGUGCCGCGCAGGGUCAAAGUGGCCGCAGAGAAGUUCGGCCUGACGUUCCCCCCGAGCGAGAUCAUCAGCAGCGAGAAGCAGCAGCCCUUCCAGAACCUUCUGAGGGAGUAUUUCACCUCCCUCACCAAACACCUGAAGAAGGACCACAGAGAGCUGCAGAACAUCGAGAGGCAGAACAGGCGUAUCCUUCACUCUAAAGGAGAGCUGAGUGAGGAUCGACACAAACAGUAUGAAGAGUUUGCCACUUCUUAUCAGAAGCUGUUGGCAAACACUCAGUCUCUGGCUGAUCUGCUGGAUGAAAACAUGCCGGAGCUGCCUCAGGACAAGACUGUGCAGGAGGAACACGGCCCCGGCAUCGACAUCUUCACUCCCGGUAAACCCGGCGAGUACGACCUGGAAGGAGGGAUCUGGGAGGACGAGGACGCUCGCAACUUCUACGAAAACAUGGUGGACUUGAAGGCCUUCGUCCCGGCCAUCCUCUUCAAGGACAACGAGAAGAGCGGCCAGGGCAAAGAGAAGGAUGACGCCAAAGACGGUAAAGAAGGGAAGGAAACGAGCAGCACCGCGGAGGAGCUGGAGCUGGAGCUGGAAGCUCUGGACAUCACAGACGAGCCUCUGGAGCUGGAGGGAGCGGACGAGGUGGAGAACGAAGAGCUGGCCAAGAAACUGCUGGACGAGCAAGCAGAACAAGAGGAGGAGGAGACAAACACGACAUCCCACCUGAAGCUCAUCGUGGACGCGUUCAUCCAGCAGCUCCCCAACUGUGUCAACAGAGACCUUAUCGACAAGGCAGCCAUGGACUUCUGCAUGAACAUGAACACCAAGUCCAACAGGAGGAAGCUGGUGCGAGCACUUUUCACCGUGCCCCGGCAGAGGUUGGAUCUCCUUCCCUUCUACUCUCGCCUGGUGGCGACUCUUCAUCCGUGCAUGUCGGAUGUGGCUGAGGACCUUUGCUCCAUGCUGAAGGGAGACUUCAGGUUUCAUAUCCGUAAGAAAGAUCAGAUCAACAUCGAGACCAAAAACAAAACGGUCCGAUUCAUCGGGGAACUGGCCAAGUUCAAGAUGUUCUCCAAAACAGACACGCUUCACUGUCUGAAGAUGCUGCUCUCUGACUUCACUCACCACCACAUAGAGAUGGCCUGCACUCUGCUGGAAACCUGCGGCCGCUUCCUCUUCAGAUCCCCCGACUCUCACCUGAGAACCAGCGUCCUGCUGGAGCAAAUGAUGCGCAAAAAGCAGGCGCAGCAUCUGGACGCCCGCUACGUGACCAUGGUGGAGAACGCCUACUACUACUGCAACCCUCCGCCCAUGGAGAAGACGGUGAGGAAGAGGCGGCCGCCGCUGCAGGAAUACAUCCGCAAGCUCCUCUACAAGGACCUGUCCAAGGUCACCACGGAGAAGGUGCUGAGGCAAAUGAGGAAGCUGCCAUGGCAGGACCCCGAGGUCAAGGGCUACCUCAUCUGCUGCAUGGUCAACAUCUGGAAUGUCAAGUACAACAGCAUCCACUGCGUGGCCAACCUGCUGGCCGGCCUGGUGGCCUACCAGGAGGACGUGGGCAUCCACGUGGUGGACGGGGUCCUGGAGGACAUCCGGCUGGGCAUGGAGGUAAAUCAGCCCAAGUUCAACCAACGGCGCAUCAGCAGCGCCAAGUUCCUGGGCGAGCUCUACAACUACCGCAUGGUGGAGUCGGCCGUCAUCUUCCGCACCCUCUUCUCCUUCAUCUCGUUCGGCGUGAACCAGGACGGCAGCCCGAGUCCCCUGGACCCGCCGGAGCACCUGUUCCGCCUCCGCCUGGUCUGCACGCUGCUCGACACCUGUGGGCAGUACUUUGACCGCGGCUCCAGCAAGAGGAAGCUUGACUGUUUCCUCAUUUACUUCCAGCGUUACAUCUGGUGGAAGAAGAGCGUGGACGUGUGGACCAAAGAUCACCCGUUCCCCAUCGACAUCGACUACAUGAUCAGCGACACUCUGGAGCUGCUGCGGCCCAAAAUGAGGCUGUGCUGCUCCCUGGACGAGGCCACGAGGCAGGUCACCGACCUGGAGAGGGAGCUGCUCGUCAAGCUGGGGAUGGCGAUGGAGAGGGACGGACGCUCCAGCGCCAUGAGCGAAGGCGAGGCGAUGGACGAGGAGGAGGACGACGACGACGAGGAGGGCGGCGCCGAGACCGAGGAGCAGUCGGGCAACGAGAGCGAGAUGAACGAGCAGGAAGAGGACGAGGGCUCAGAGAACGAGGAAGAGGAGAGAGAGGAAGAGGAAGAGGAGAACACGGACUAUCUGACCGACUCCAACAAAGAGAACGAGACCGAUGACGAGAACAAUGAGGUGACGAUCCGCGGCGGUGGACUGAAACACGUGGCCUGUGCCGAGGACGAGGACUUCAUUCAGGCUCUGGAUAAGAUGAUGCUGGAGAAUCUGCAGCAGCGUAGUGGUGAGCCGGUGAAGGUUCACCAGCUGGACGUGGCCAUUCCUCUGCAGCUGAAGAGUCAGCUGAAGAGAGGAGGAGGAGGAGGAGGAGGAGGAGGAGGAGGGCAGUCAUGCCUCGGUGACGCAGAGUCGGACAUUUCCGAGACCAUGCAGUUUGUCAUGUUGACGCGCAAAGGAAACAAGCAGCAGUAUAAAAUCCUGAACGUGCCGCUGUCGUCUCACUUGGCCGCAAACCACUUCAACCAGCAGCAGGCGGAGCAGGAGGAGCGCAUGAGGAUGAAGAAACUCACACUGGACAUCAACGAGAGGCAGGAGCAAGAGGAUUAUCAGGAGAUGAUGCAGUCCCUCGCUCAGCGUCCCGCUCCCGCCAACACCAACCGGGAACGUCGGCCUCGAUACCAGCAUCCCAAAGGUGCUCCCAACGCCGACCUCAUCUUCAAGACCGGAGGAAGGAGACGCUGAUGGGAGUCUGGGUCCCGGGUUGAGCGAGCAAUAGAGCGAGCGACUGAACCAAUGAGAAAGAAGAAGAGCGAGAGAAGAGACGAUCGGAGGGGAGACCGGUCUGAACCAGGGAGCGAGUCCAGAUGUCAGGACAGAGAAAACACACACACUGACCCGGCCGAAGCCACUGAGGACGAGACGCGACCAGGAGUCUGGGGUCAGAGGUCAAGGGUCAGAAAGACGGCUCUCUUUUCCUUUUUUUUUUGUCUGUUGUCUGAGAUGACACAAAAAAAAAACCCACAACAACUGUUCGGACCAACUACGACGACGACUGAACACCUGACCGGCAGACUGAUGGCGACAGGAAGUAGGCGGGGUCAGCGGAUCAAACUCCCGCUGUGACAACAGUUGGAGAAAAAACAGGAGUAAAAUAAUAGUAACGACGAUAACAUGAGACAAACGAGAGAUUUCUUCUUUUCCUCUUAGUGUUCUGGACUUGGGAACAUGCGAGUGCGGUCACGUGUGAACAGAGGGGGGCGCUGCAGCGGAGACAUGACAUUUUUACGGACUCGUCACACGGGGAUGCGCAGGAAGACGCUGACGUCUGAGACAUGGCCGUGGCGAUUCUGUUCUGGAGACACGUGUUGAUUCAGAGUGGUCUGUUAACUGCAGCGCCACCUAGAGGUUAUUUUCAUUAUUGAUGGAAAAUGUCAGACGAGAGAAGACGCGUUUGAGUGAUUUACACGUGAUCGAAACUGCACCCCUCUGCCCUGGCGGCCACUUUGAGACGCGUGGGCUUUCUCGUUAAAUGACAAUAUGGCCGCCAGCAGGGACGUAAGAAAAAGCGGAUUUAGGCAACUUGACAAAAGACUUCUACGAUAUCUACGUCACACGUUCACGUCUUUAUCUCACUGUGAGACAGACUUUUCCAACAGGAAACUGAAGUUUGUAAACCACUCACUCUCCCACACCAAACCACAUAGAGAAAAUCAGUGAUUUUAGCUCGUGGGGACACAGGAGCUGCUGGUCCUCUGCUGCCUCGUGUGGUCACUUUGUGUCACUGAGGACACUCCAAACGAAGGAUUUCAAACCCAGAAUUUUACAAAAUAAGACAUUUGAACUUAGUGAUGGAGGCAGCAGAGAGAUAAAGACAACACAUUAUCAGCUAAGUUUUUUGUUAAGUGACCAAAGUCUGUCCUUUCUUAGGUCCCGCAUGGCGGCCAUUUUGUCACUGUGAACGUCCGUGUCUCCAAAUGGCCGCUAGCACAGACACAUUUGUUCAUUUUAGAGGGCGUUUAUUUUCCUGUAGAUGUAUUUGCCUAUACUUUCAUAAUUUGCCCUUUUUUUGAGAAGAUAUACAACAUAAGGUAGCAGAGGAUCAUGGGAUAUGCUAAUUUGCUCAGAUAUAUACGAUCCAUCUUUAUAAAGACGACGGCAUGAAAAUGUAUCUAUUCACACCUUUUUCUGUGUUAUGCUAAGCUAAGCUAAUGUCGCGCUUGCCUCCAGACAGAAUUGGAGCAGUGGGUCGUGAGCGACGCACGGCGCUUACUCACGAUAACUCUGAAUCAGCAGGAUUCAGUUUACUGAGUGGACGUUACUGAAGAGGUAUUUAAACCAGGGGUCUCAAAGUCACAUGACCCAGGGGCCAACGCGGCCUCCUGUGGUCAGGAGUGGGCGCAUGCUCUCUGUGGUCAGGAGGGGGUGCAUGCUCUCUGUGGUCAGGAGGGGGCGGGUCAAGUGAAAACAAGGAGUGAGCGAUAUUAUAUCACAAUAUUCCAUCAUGAUGUUGCAUAUUAUAACAAUAACUCUCAGAUUUUCCUAAUAAAAGUGUUUAUUUUGUUGUGGAGUGACAAAGAACAACAUUCUAGGGCCUCAUGAGAUUGAUCGGGUGGGCGCGUGUGGCCCACGGACCACAUGUUUGAGACUGAAUAUUUAUGCUGCGUUCCUUUACAUUGGAAGUUGUCCCCUCCGAGUUCACUGCAUUCCAGUUGAGAAGUUGGGGGGGAAAAAUGUGGAUACAAACGUAUCUCGGGAAAAUUCAGUACAGUGAAAUAUCGCAAUCUUUUGUGUGGUGAUGUUAUAUCGCAUUUGAGACCCCAAGUAUCUUAAAAACGUUUCAGUCCAGUAGAUUGUGGAGUAUAUCAAAAUAUAUGAUUUAGCAAAUGCCCAGUAUAUCGCAAUAAUGUGAUAAUAUCGCAUUGUGGCGUCUCUGCGGUGAUUCCCACCCCAAAAAGCAACGCGUAAAUACAGUUAAAAAAUGAUCUGUAUUUUACUGCGAAAUGAAGGUGUUUGUUCUCGUGUAAGCAUUCCAUUUGUACUCCGAACUCGGAAUUACCAAGUUCAGGUGAUACAGGAAUUUAAGAGGAUUCUAAGAUGGCUGCCGCUCGUACAAGCACUCCUACUUUUAACUCUUAAAGCACUUUUCUCGCAUUUGUUUCAUGGUAAAUCAGUCGUACCAUUUUAUUUUUAACGUUGCUACGAUGUUUUUGUGUGCGAAAUAUACCAUGUGGAACGUCGCUAAUGGUGGCUAACCCGAGAUAGGUUUUUUUGCGCUGUGAAUGGAACGCAGCGUGACCUUGGAAAUUCCGAGUUCCUUCAACAGCCGGAACGCAGCUCAGUGAAAGUGAGUUUGUUUUGGGUCAGUGUCGUGUGACGUGGUGACACUUUAGUUUGUUUUUGUUAUCUGUAUCCGUUUUUAUCUGUGGUAAUUAUAGAUAAAUAUACGUUGAAAUGUAUACGUUGUUUUUUCUGCUGCCACGCUGUGUGUUUUUGUUGCUUUUUUCUCAUUUCUUUUUCCUGCAGAAGAAAAGAAAAUCACGGCUUUGUGUCCCGACUCACGGCGGAGACAGAAACCACCACAAUAAAAGCACGGAGAUGAUUUUCACCACUCUGAA